AUGUUGCUCACAGGAACCGGCAAGCCGCGAGUCAUUCUCGGGACCAUGACCUUUGCUCUAGACUACCUGCAAUCUCAAGGCUACAAUGAGAUCGAUACUGCUCGCACUUACGUGGGCGGAAAGCAGGAAGCCUGGACCAAGGAUGCUCGCUGGAAGGACCGUGGUCUGACCCUGGCUACCAAGUGCUACCCUCAUGAGCCCGGUAUGCACAAGGCCGACAGCAUCCUUGCCUCUCUUGACAAGAGUUUGGCUGAGCUAGGUACUGAUUGUGUCGAUAUCUUCUACCUCCAUGCACCAGACCGCUCUGUUCCAUUCACCGAGACACUGGAAGCUGUCAACAGAGCUCACAAGCAGGGCAAGUUUGUCCAGCUGGGUCUGUCCAACUACACGGCUUUCGAGGUGGCCGAGAUUGUCAUGCACUGCAAGUACAACAACUGGGUCCGUCCCACCAUCUACCAAGGCAUGUACAACGCCAUUACCCGCAGCAUUGAACGAGAGUUGAUUCCUGUCUGCCGUCGCUACGGCCUGGACAUUGUCGUCUACAACCCUGUUGCUGGAGGCAUUUUCUCUGGAAAGUACAAGACUAGCGAGGUGCCUACUGAAGGUCGCUACAGCGAUUCGGUCGGCAAGAUGGGUGGCAUGUACCGUAAGCGUUACUUCAGAGAUGCCACCUUCGAUGCUCUGCGCGUUAUCGAGCCCGUUGUCCAGAAGCACAACCUGACUUUGAUCGAGACGGCACUGCGAUGGAUGGUUCACCACAGUGGACUCAACAUCAAGGAUGGCGGUAAUGAUGGUAUCAUCAUUGGUGUCAGCAACCAACAACAGCUCGAGGGCAACCUCAAGGAUGUUGAGAAGGGUCCUUUGCCUGAGGAAGUUGUCAAGGUUCUUGACGAAGCCUGGUUGAUUACCUGCCCAACCACGCCAAACUACUGGCAUUUGGACUUGGCGUAUACAUACGACACCUACAACACGCUGUUCGGCAACAAGGCAUAG